AUGGCUACUGAAAUCGCAAUUGACACGACUAUGGGUUCUUUCGUGGUGGAACUCUACAACGACCACGCGCCAAAGACUUGCAAAAACUUCGCGACUCUCGCCCAGAGAGGAUACUACAAUGGCGUCAUCUUCCACCGCAUCAUUCCCAAUUUCAUGAUCCAAGGAGGCGAUCCUACUGGCACCGGACGUGGAGGCAGUUCGAUAUACGGCGAGAAAUUCGAGGACGAAAUACACUCUUCAUUAAAACAUACUGGAGCUGGAAUAUUGAGCAUGGCCAACAGCGGACCGAAUACGAACGGAAGUCAAUUCUUCAUUACUCUCGCUCCAACGCCUUGGCUCGAUGGGAAACAUACGAUAUUCGGACGGAUAAAAAGCGGAAUGAGAGUUAUUCAACGUAUGGGAUUAGUCAAAACUGAUGCUGAAGAUCGACCCCAGGAUCCGGUCAAGAUUGUCAAGGCGCGAUUAGUGGAGGAAGCCGAGGAGAAUUGA